AGUUCUAGCCAGAACGCUGUUCAACUCUUCCCCGGCUGCAACCAAGGACUCCGUAUCCCAGCAUGCAGAGGAGCCGGAAGACAGGCGCUUAGAGGACAGCCCGCGGCCGCCGGGGACGCGCAGGCGCAGCACCCCUGUUUGUCGGCCCCCCGAGAAAAGAGGUACGGUCGAAGCCAGGAGCCAGGCCGAGCGGGAGCUGACCAGGCUUGACUCGGGUACAGAACGAGGCACCAGUCCCCUUGCGAACCGAAGGGCCUCGCAGUGGAUGGAGGAGGCCCAGCCCUGAGAUCAACGCCAACCAGGCUAGCCUGGCACGGGGCCUACAGGGUGGGUAGGCGGGCGUGCCGCAGCCGUCCAGGGCCUUCCCUCAGGUCCCGGGCGAGGGGCCUACGCUGCGGCCCGGCAACAAGGCCCGACUCGGCCCCUCGGGACCAGAGCCCCACCCGAUCGGAAGCGGAUCCUUUACCAGGGCCAUAGGCCAGUGACUAGGCCGGGCCUGGGCCUCCCAUCGGGGCCGGACUAGGACGAGGCCCCGGGGAGGCCCCUGGCCUACCAGACCCUUUUCUCAGGCCGACAGCCGCCAGGAAGAUGCAACGUGCCCUGCCAGGCGCCCGCCAGCACUUGGGGGCCAUUCUGGCCAGCGCCAGCGUGGUGGUGAAGGCUCUGUGUGCGGCGGUACUGUUCCUCUACCUGCUCUCCUUCGCCGUGGACACAGGCUGCCUGGCGGUCACCCCGGGCUACCUCUUUCCUCCCAAUUUCUGGAUCUGGACCCUGGCCACCCAUGGGCUGAUGGAGCAGCAUGUGUGGGACGUGGCCAUCAGCCUGACAACGGUGGUGGUGGCCGGGCGUUUGCUGGAGCCCCUCUGGGGGGCCUUGGAGCUGCUCAUCUUCUUCUCAGUGGUGAAUGUGUCUGUAGGGCUGCUGGGGGCCUUCGCCUACCUCCUCACCUACAUGGCUUCCUUCAACCUGGUCUACCUGUUCACUGUCCGUAUCCACGGCGCCUUGGGCUUCCUAGGUGGUGUCCUGGUGGCACUCAAGCAAACCAUGGGGGACUGUGUGGUCCUGCGAGUGCCCCAGGUGCGCGUCAGUGUGAUGCCCAUGCUGCUGCUGGCGCUGCUGCUCCUGCUGCGGCUCGCCACGCUGCUCCAGAGCCCGGCGCUGGCUUCCUAUGGCUUCGGGCUGCUCUCCAGUUGGGUAUAUCUUCGCUUCUACCAGCGCCAUAGCCGGGGCCGAGGGGACAUGGCUGACCACUUUGCUUUCGCCACUUUCUUCCCUGAGAUCCUGCAGCCUAUGGUGGGUUUGCUGGCGAACUUGGUGCACGGCCUCCUGGUGAAGGUAAAGAUAUGCCAGAAGACGGUGAAGCGCUACGAUGUAGGUGCCCCAUCCUCCAUCACCAUCAGCCUGCCAGGCACAGACCCUCAAGACGCCGAGCGGAGAAGGCAACUGGCCCUGAAGGCACUCAAUGAGCGGCUGAAGAGAGUGGAAGACCAGUCCAUCUGGCCCAGCAUGGAUGAUGAUGAAGAGGAGUCUGGGGCCAAGGUGGACAGCCCCCUGCCCUCAGACAAAGCUCCCACACCCCCAGGGAAGGGGGCCGCCCCAGAAUCCAGUCUAAUCACCUUCGAGGCAGCUCCCCCGACGCUGUAACUCCAGACCACCUUGAGUGUGGCACCUCCCCUCCCAAGCCCCCCUUGACAUCCUCUCAGCUACUCCAGGGCACCUGACUGCUCUGAGGAGAGGGAAGAAGGCCUGCUGGGGCUUUCCAUGGCCUUCUGCUGUUUCUCGCCAACACUACCCAGGACUCUUGCUACCUGGUUCCAACUCCAGACAACCACUAUGCCAGGCCCGGAGCCUCUGAGGCAUCGGCCAGUCCAGGCCCUCAUCUGAGGUAAGAAUGUACAUCAGCUGGCAGCCCCAGGCAAGUGGCUGCAGGGACACUGAUGCCACAGCUCCUGGGCCAGCCCUCACAUCUGAAACUGGUUGCCGAGAGCCCUGAGCCAAGGCAAGGAUUUGCCAAAAAUGUUCUGGGGGCCCAGCAAAUGCAGGAGCCGACCUGGGGCUGCACAUCCCUGCCCAUCCCCAGAAAGACUGUUCCUGUCAGGAUUUGUUUCCCUCUGCUGUGGCGGUGACUGCUUCUGGACCAGAACAGCUCCAGCUCCCAGGUAUUUUCUACAGGACCACUUGAGUGGGCAGCCAAGCCCAGGCUCGCAGUAUCAAUAAAGCAGUUCUCUGAGGAAUGA